AUGUAUCGGUCGGGCGCGCCGAGCCAGUGGACCCCGGGCUCCACGGCGGCGAUCCGCACGUUUCCCGCGAGGGCAUUCUCCGCGGUCCCGCCCGCGCAUCCGGCGCCAACCCCAAACAGCAAGAUGCAGGACGAGUUCAUCAGCGGCACGAGCGCCGCGUACCUCGAGUCCCUCGAGGACCAGUGGCGCGAGGAUCCGGGCUCGGUCCCGGCGUCCUGGGCCAGCCUCCUUAGGCAGAUGGGUGCCCAGAGCAUCCAGGAGUCCAUGCGGCUCCUGCUCCUCGUCAGGGCGUACCAGGUAAACGGGCACUUCAUGGCUAGCCUCGACCCGCUCGGCCUCGAGGUGAGAAAAGUUCCCAUCGAGCUGGACCCGGCGCUGUACGGCUUCUCGGAGGCGGACCUCGAUCGCCAGUUCUUCCUCGGCACGUGGCAGAUGAAGGGUUUCCUCAGCGAAGACAACCCGGUGCAGACGCUUCGGCAGAUCUUGAAUCGCCUCCGCGACGCGUACUGCGGGAACAUCGGCUACGAGUACAUGCACAUCUCGGACAGGGACCAGUGCAACUGGCUCCGAGAGAAGAUCGAGCAGCAGGAGCGCGCGCAGUACAGCAAAUCCCGCAAGAAGGUGCUCUUGGACCGACUCGCGUGGGCUGACAUGUUUGAGAAUUUCCUCUCGAACAAGUACACCGCCGCCAAGAGGUUCGGCCUCGAGGGAUGCGAGACCAUGAUCCCGGGGUUCAAGGAGUCCAUCGACAAGGCUGCCGAGCUCGGCGUGGAGUCCAUCACGAUCGGCAUGCCCCACCGCGGCCGCCUCAACGUCCUCGCGAACGUUGUCCGCAAACCCAUGCAAUCCAUCUUCAACGAGUUCAAGGCGGGUCCCAAACCCGCGAGCGACGCGGCGAAAGGAGGCUCCACCUACACCGGCUCAGGCGACGUCAAGUACCACCUGGGUACCAGCUACGACCGACCCACGCUCCGCGGCGGUCGCAUCCACCUCUCAUUGGUCGCCAACCCGAGCCACCUCGAGGCGGUGAACACCGUCGUCGUCGGCAAAACGCGCGCCAAGCAGUUUUACGAAAACGACGGCAACCGAAAGAAACACAUGGCCGUGUUGCUCCACGGCGACGGCGCCUUCAGCGGCCAGGGGAUCGUGUACGAGACCCUGGACAUGUCCCAGCUGCCCGAGUACACCAUCGGCGGUACCAUUCACAUCGUGGUGAACAACCAGGUGGCGUUCACCACCGACCCGAAGUACUCUCGAUCGAGCCCCUACUGCACAGACGUGGCCAAGUGCGUCGACGCGCCGGUGUUCCACGUCAACGGCGACGACGUCGAGGCCGUCGCUCGCGUGAUGGAGCUCGCCACCGAGUGGAGGCAAGAGUUCGGGCGCGACGUCGUCGUGGACAUCGUCUGCUACCGCAAGUACGGGCACAACGAAAUCGACGAGCCGAUGUUCACGCAGCCGCUGAUGUACAAGAAGAUCAAGACGCACCGAUCGGCUCACGAGCAGUACUGCGAUAAGCUCGUCGCCGAGGGCACGCUGACCCGCGAGGAGAUCGCGCAGAUGCACGAGGAGAUCCUCCGGAAACUCGAUCAGGACUUUGAGGACUCGAAGGAUUACAGGCCCAAGCCCCGGGACUGGCUCGCCGCGCACUGGAAGGGUUUCAAGGGCCCCGACCAGCUCUCGCGCAUCCGGGAGACGGGCGUGAAGAUGGACAUCCUCAAGCAGGUGGGCAUGGCGGCCACGGCGAUCCCGGAGUCGUUCACCCCGCACAGGGUCGUCAAGCGCGUUUACGACGCCAGGCGAAAGAUGAUUGAGACGGGCGAGGGUUUGGAUUGGGCGAUGGCCGAGGCGCUCGCUUUCGGCACCCUGCUCAACGAGGGUAACCACGUGCGCCUCUCCGGGCAGGACGUGGAGCGAGGCACGUUCUCGCACCGCCACGCGCUGAUCCACGAUCAGAACACCGGCGAGCGGUUCGUGCCCCUGCGCAACGUGUACGGCGACAGCAGGCCCAACGAGUUCUUCACCGUCUCCAACUCGUCGCUCAGCGAGUUUGGAGUCCUCGGGUUUGAGCUGGGGUACUCGCUGGAGAACCCCAACUCGCUGGUCAUGUGGGAGGCGCAGUUCGGCGAUUUCGCCAACAGCGCGCAGAUCAUCAUCGAUCAGUUCAUCAGCAGCGGCGAGGCCAAGUGGCUGAGGCAAACGGGCGUCACGCUCUUACUUCCGCACGGCUACGACGGCCAAGGACCGGAGCACUCGAGCUGCCGCAUGGAGCGAUACCUCCAGAUGUCGGACGAGCCCCCGGACAAGAUCCCGGCGGACAUGACGCUGGACACCAGGACCCAGAUCCAGGAGGCCAACUGGCAGAUUUGCAACGUCACCACCCCGGCGAACUACUUCCACCUGCUCCGCAGGCAGGUGCACCGCGAGUUCCGCAAGCCCCUCAUCGUCAUCUCCCCGAAGAACCUCCUGAGGCACCCCAAGUGCGUCUCCCCGCUGUCGGACUUCGACGACGAGGAGGCGUCGCAGACGGAGCAGGGCAUCCGGUUCAAGCGCCUGAUCAUGGACAAGUCCGCCAAGUCCAGGAACAAGGUUGACCCGGGCGUCGAACCCGACGCCAAGCGCGUGGUUUUCUGCACCGGCAAGGUGUACUACGAGCUGGACGCCGAGCGCGAGGCGAUGGGCGCCGAGGCAGACGUCAAGAUCGUUCGCAUCGAGCAGCUCUCGCCGUUCCCGUGGGAUCUCGUGGACCGGGAGCUGCGGCGGUACCCCAACGCGGAGGUUGUGUGGUGCCAGGAGGAGCCCAUGAACAUGGGCGCGUGGUCGCACGUCUCGCCGAGGUUCCAGACGCUGUUCAAGGAGCCUCACAUCAACAGGCGGCUUGACGCGUUGAGAUACGCGGGGCGGGCGCCGUCGGCGUCAACCGCGACGGGGUACGGGGCGGUGCACGCGGAGGAGCAGGUUGGCCUGGUGAAGGAGGCUUUGAUGGACUAGCUAGCUAGAGAGCUAGCCAGGCGACGACGGGUGUGAGGGUCGAUUUGAGACUGCAAAAGUGUAUUGAUUGUGACAGAGCGAGGCAAUUUGAUUACAGGAUAUGGGCCU